CAUAGAAGCAAAUCUACGUCCGUUAAAGUAUCCGUACCUCACUACAUAUGGAAUUGGCUUCUCUCUUCUCCAAGUGGAACAAUUGUUUGAGCACGCACCCCAGUUUCAUACACAAGCAUUGCAUGAACAAACAUGGCUGCAAAUCAUCCCUUCCGAGUUCCGAAAAAGCCUUGCACAGUCGACAUCGUUUCGGAUCCGGUAUGCCCUUGGUGCUUUAUAGGCAAGAAAAAUCUUGACAAAGCUCUAGAGGAGGCUGACCCUCUGUACGUGUUUGAGCUCCGGUGGCAUCCAUUUCAAACUUAUCCUGAUAUCCCUAAAGAAGGCAUUGAUAAGAAAAAGUAUUCUGAGGAUAAGCAUGGCAGCACUCAUAUAUCAGAAGUUGUGGAAAUGCGUAUAGGAGAUAUUUUGAGAACCACCUACCAUGCGCUUGAAUACAAACUUUCUGGAAUCAUGGGAGAUCCUCUAGAUUAUCACAGGCUUGUAUAUUUUGCUGGGGAACAGGAUCAUGAUAUGCAACAUGAUCUUGUGGAUGAGAUACUGCUUGGGUACUUCACAGAGGAAAAGGACAUUGCAGACAGGGAAUAUCUUGUGGAAUGUGCUGGUAAGAUUGGCAUAGAAGGGGCAGCAGAGUUUCUUGAAGACCCUAACAAUGGGCUCAAUGAGGUCACUGAAGAUCUUAAGAAGUACUCGGGAACAAAACAAGUCCCAUAUUACGUGUUUAAUGGAAAGGUGGACUGCGUCGGUGCUCAGCCGUCUGAGGUGUUCAUGAGAGCUUUCGAAGCAGCCACAAAAUGAUACAACCUCAUCUGGAAGCCUUCAAUCUCCAUCUAUAAAGGUGAUGGAGCCCUGGAAAUAUGUAAUUGUGUACAUGUAAACACAACUUUGCUAGAAAGUCAUCUGUUGUAUAUUAAGUGUACAUUUGUUGUAUAACCAAAUUGUAAAUUA